CCUCCUCCUCCUCUGCAUUGGCUUUCAGCGGCAGCAGCAUCAUGUGCAGGACUCGGUAAAAACCGGAACCAUUUUUUUUUCAAUGACUUCACAUGGUCUCACAGUAAACUGCGACUUUUAAAAUCAGUCCGGCAAGAACAAGAAAUAUGAGGCGUGACUACGACAGAGGCAGAGGCCGUGAUGAAUGGUCGCGAGACAGGGACCGUGACCGGGAUCGAGACCGUGACAGAGACAGGGAUGUGAAGUCGUCUGGCUUGCACAACAACCCGGCUGCGUUCAGUGGAGGCUUCCUUAAGCAGAACCCCAUACAACAGCAAAUCAACCCUUUCACCAACCUGCCGCACACGCCACGCUACCAUGAGAUCCUCAAGAAGCGGCUGCAGCUGCCUGUGUGGGAGUACAGAGAGCGCUUCACUGACAUCCUGAUGAGGCACCAGUCUUUUGUGCUUGUGGGAGAGACGGGCUCUGGAAAGACCACACAGAUCCCCCAGUGGUGUGUGGACAUGGUGCGGUCAGUGCCAGGACCAAAGAGAGCAGUGGCUUGCACCCAGCCGAGGAGGGUGGCGGCCAUGAGCGUCGCUCAAAGGGUGGCUGAUGAGAUGGAUGUCAUGCUGGGCCAAGAGGUUGGCUAUUCCAUCAGGUUUGAGGACUGCAGCUCUGCCAAGACUGUACUCAAGUACAUGACAGAUGGAAUGUUGCUCCGGGAAGCCAUGAACGAUCCCCUGCUGGAGCGCUACGGUGUCAUCAUCCUGGACGAGGCCCACGAGCGCACACUUGCCACAGACAUCCUCAUGGGCGUCCUCAAGGAGGUGGUUCGUCAGAGAGCCGAUCUCAAGGUUAUUGUCAUGAGUGCCACACUCGAUGCUGGAAAAUUCCAGGUGUACUUUGACAACUGCCCACUGCUAACCAUUCCUGGACGCACCCACCCCGUGGAGAUUUUCUACACACCAGAGCCAGAGCGGGACUACCUGGAGGCGGCCAUCCGGACUGUGAUCCAGAUCCACAUGUGUGAGGUGGAUGAAGGGGACUGUCUGCUCUUCCUCACUGGACAGGAGGAAAUUGACGAAGCCUGCAAGCGAAUCAAGAGAGAGGUGGACGAUUUGGGCCCUGAAGUUGGUGAUAUCAAAAUCAUCCCAUUGUACUCCACACUGCCUCCACAGCAGCAGCAGCGGAUCUUUGAGCCACCCCCACCCAAUAAACCAAAUGGUGCAAUUGGAAGGAAGGUCGUCGUGUCAACAAACAUUGCAGAGACAUCCCUUACCAUCGAUGGCGUGGUGUUUGUAAUUGAUCCCGGAUUUGCCAAGCAAAAGGUGUAUAACCCACGUAUUCGAGUGGAGUCACUUUUGGUGACGGCCAUCAGCAAGGCCUCAGCGCAGCAGAGGGCAGGCCGUGCUGGAAGAACACGCCCAGGAAAGUGUUUCCGUCUUUACACUGAAAAGGCGUACAAGACAGAAAUGCAGGACAACACAUAUCCAGAAAUCCUGAGGUCCAACCUGGCCUCUGUGGUACUGCAGCUGAAGAAGCUGGGUAUUGACGACCUGGUGCACUUUGAUUUCAUGGAUCCACCAGCCCCAGAGACCCUGAUGCGAGCCCUGGAGUUGCUGAACUACCUGGCAGCGCUCAAUGAUGAUGGUGACCUGACAGAGCUGGGCUCCAUGAUGGCAGAGUUCCCCCUGGACCCCCAGCUGGCCAAGAUGGUCAUCGCCAGCUGUGAAUUCAACUGUUCCAACGAGAUCCUCUCCAUCACUGCCAUGUUGUCAGUCCCACAGUGCUUCGUCCGACCCACGGAGGCUAAGAAGGCGGCAGACGAGUCCAAAAUGCGCUUUGCCCACAUCGACGGAGACCACAUGACGCUGCUCAACGUCUACCAUGCCUUCAAACAAAACCAUGAGUCCACCCAGUGGUGCUAUGAAAACUUUGUCAACUACCGCUCGCUGAUGUCAGCAGACAAUGUUCGCCAGCAGUUGUCCAGGAUCAUGGACCGCUUCAGUCUGCCAAGGCGGAGCACUGAGUUCAACAGCAGAGACUACUACACCAACAUCCGCCGAGCACUGGUCACUGGUUUCUUCAUGCAGAUCGCUCACCUGGAGCGCACUGGCCACUAUCUCACGGUGAAGGACAACCAAGUCGUUCAGCUGCACCCCUCCACUGUGCUGGACCACAAGCCCGAGUGGGUGCUCUACAACGAGUUUGUGCUCACCACCAAGAAUUACAUCCGCACGUGCACUGACGUCAAACCAGAGUGGUUGGUGAAAAUCGCCCCGCAGUACUAUGAGAUGGGCAACUUCCCGCAGUGUGAAGCAAAGAGACAGUUGGAGCGCAUCAUUGCAAAACACUCGUCCAAGGAAUACACGCAGUACUAAGGUUUGCACGCGCUGUUUUUGUAAAACAGAGGAUGUAAAUGGAUGUAAAAUCUGAACUAAUUUGAGCGUCACAUUUUUUUUUUUUAUGUGCGCCAACAACCUCAUCUUGAACUCUAUUUUUCUCUAUGUGUGUUUAAUGUAUUUUCAUACCGGUCGAUGAUUUGCAUCCAUGUUUUUUGUUCUUUUCUUCUUUUUUACCGCCACCUCGCGUCAUUGCUGGAUAUAUAUGGACUUAACUGUACAUUUCCCGAAGGUUGCUCGUUCUAAUCCGAAGAACGUGGGAGGAGAUUGUCUGAUGCGGAUAAAAUGUUCAAGAACAUUGCAUGAGGCACCAACACUUGUUCGCUGUAACAUUUUCCAGACAUUUUCCCUGUUUUCCUGCAGGGGAUUUUCUGACGUUUCCUUUAAACUUGACCAGAAGAAUGCGUGUUCUUGUGUGCGACCUGUGUGAGGACAAUGUGGGGAAAAUGUCUGGACAUGAGGGCAUGUCUGAAAGCAGCUCAGGACCGGUUAUCAGGAAUUGUGUCAAAAGCAUGAUAUACUAUGUAAAUGUCAACAUUUCUCUUCAACACAUCAGUAAUAAGAAAAUCUUGGCAUUUUUGCAUCACUGCGAAAAUCAGCAUUAAUCCAUGAAGCUUUUCAUCAAAAGUUAAAACUGUUUUUUGUUGCAGGUUUAAUGUAAUGUCAUGUUCUCUGUUCAUGAAGGUCCUAAAAUGGAAACAUUUCCAAUCGGCUUAAUAAAAAUGACAUUGUUGUAGAAUA